ACGCGAUCAAAUCUAAUCUGUGGUACAAAUGGUUCUCUGUUUUGAGUCUGUUUUUAGACAAUUUUGGACCGGUUCCUGAUGUUCCCGCCGCCCAGAGGCUGCGAUUGCUGUUCUGUCUGAAGGAUUACAUACUUGUCUACCGUGUAUUUAGCUGGUUGGCUGGGGAAAAAAUACAGGAUACUGGGUUAUUUCACGAGAGGUCAACACAUUUUGGAAGCCGAGUGAUCGCGUAGUAAACUGAUUUCUUGUGUAUAUUUUUGGACAUAAAGCAAUGGCGAACACGAACUGCAUGUGGAUCUGUGGGCUUCUUAUAGCUUGUUUAAUUAGCCUUGUCGACAAAACGUUGGCAGCAUCGGGAAAAACAGGCUGCCAGGACGUAGAAGACGCUUACACCACAAAAGGAUUUGAUGGUAAAGUCGUUCCAACGAGCGCAAUCUCGGGUGAACAUUUAAAGAUAUGCCCCCAAGGGUUUACUUGCUGUACAGAAGAAAUGGAACGGCAACUGGCCGAAGUCAGCAGACAGGAAUUUGAAGAUACUAUCUACCAAUCAAGUCAUUUUUUGAGGGAAACCUUUAAAUCAAGACAUCGGAAGUUUGACGCGGCUCGUAUUUUUGUUGUUGAUAUUAACGGAUCAAAUGUGAUUGAGGAAUGCAAUCUGUCUUCAUUGGUUUAUCCAUCGUCUGAAUGUGGAAAGGCAUUAAUGAAGAUGUCGUACUGUCCACACUGUAAAGGACUACCAUCAGUGAAACCAUGCAACAACUAUUGUCUUAAUGUUAUGAAGGGUUGCCUUGCCAGUGUAUCAGAUUUAGAUGCAGAGUGGAAUACAUUCAUUGACAAAAUGCUAAUGUUAGCCGACCGCCUGGAGGGUCCUUUCAACAUUGAGUCAGUCGUGGACCCCCUAGAUGUCAAGAUAUCAGACGCUAUUAUGAACUUUCAAGAAAACGGCAUUACAGUGUCGGAAAAGGUCUUUGGAGGUUGCGGGAAUCCACAAUAUGGCAAGCGAGCAGCUAAUGAGUACGAUUUUGACCCUACUCGGUUGCAACCAAAAGAGAACAUGCCGUCACCUACGACUGCUGCAGGCACCAGUCUAGACAGAUUAGUGCGUGAUAUACGAAACAAAAUCAAACUCGCAAAGAAGUUCUGGUCCAGUUUGCCGUAUACAGUGUGUAAUGACGAAAACAUUGCCGCUGAAGUCACUAAUGAGGAAAACUGCUGGAAUGGUGAAAACAAAGAAAGGUACAAGGAAGAUAUUGUCGGUGAUGGACUUGCCAAUCAAGUGUCAAAUCCGGAAGUUGAUGUUGACGUCAGCAAACCAGUCACUUUAGUCAGAGAGCAAAUAGAAAGGCUGAAAUUAAUGUCCAGGAAUUUAGAAGCAGCGUUUCACGGCCAGAAUGUCAACACUCUUAAUGUUGUGUAUGACUACAGUGGAUCUGGUAGCGGCAGUGGUUCCGGGGAGUCUGAAAACGCCAUUACUCAACAACCUGGUGCACCCACCAACAAAGAUGUCAUUAACAGACCUCCGAAAACACCAAGCGAUACGGCGUCAUGUUUACAACAUAGUAUGCAAACAAUGUUUAUUUCACUCUGUACUAUAUCCCUCUCAAUAUACUAUUUAUCAGCUUAAAGUUUCAGUAAAUAUUAAAUGGUUCACAGAAAGUGAUGACAUAAUCCAAGUUUUUUGGAUGAUGUAAUCAUUUUUUGCUUGGUUGUACGUGGAUGAUGUCACAAUGUUCUGUAACCCCAGACAUGAUGACAUCAUCAGCAUCUGUGUACAAGAAUGUGGAUGCGUGUUUUCAAUUAAAGUGCAGCUCUGAGUGGUGCGUGAUAUAAAAAAUAUAAAUAUGCAAUAUGAUUAUGGAAGAAACUGAAAAAGACAAGGAAAUCUUGAUCUCAAGGAAUAAAAGUACAAACUCGUGUACUGUGUUGGUAAUAUUGUGCAUGUGCUCACCGCACUAAGCGGGACCAACCAUAAGUUUUAGUGGCAUGAUGUAAAUAAAUUUAAUGUUUUGGCAUCAUUGUGUAUAUGUUAUAAUUUCAUUACGAGAUCUGGAAAAUAUUGGAAAUCUAAAUAUUAUUAUUCAUUAAUAAGUAUCUUGCAUAUUCAUUAAAAUUGCAUCCCGAUAUUCCAAGGUGUAUAAGUAAAAGUGAGAUAAAAAAAACUGAUUGAACAAAAACAGCAAUUUCUUUUGUUAAAUAAAAAUGAUUGUUAUCAGUAACGAGUCGGUUUCCAUAGUAAUCAUAUUGCACUGAUAUUUAUUUUAUAUUUUUUGCCAAAAAAUGAUGUGGGUUGCUUUUUCUUCGUUCGUUGAUUCAUGAUAAAGUAAAAUAAUGUAAAGGGGAAAGGCAACAGAGUAGGUCGUAAGUUAUUGGAAAAAAUAAUGUAUAUUAUAAAAAUAUAAAACUGAACAAAAAAAGACUUAAGUGUUUUGAAAUUUUAGAAGUAAUUAAUUUUUAUUACAAAAAUGUUUGGCAGGUUUGAUUUACAGUCAGGUAAAACAAAGAUUCUUGGGAACAAUUUUAAAGAAAAAAAAUCGAAGUGAAAAUAUAUAUAUAUAUAUAUAUUUUUUUUUUUGGAGACACCAUAUGAUAGUAGUAGGGGCACACAAAUAUGUAUUAGUAUGAAAUAAAAUAUUACAAAGCAAGCAAGACAAAAUAUUGAAUCUGAAAUAAGCUUGCAGUGUUGGUAGUGUCCCACCCUUCUUACAAGCUUCAUUUCCCAGAAUGCAUUGCAUCAUCAGAAAAUAUUUGUAUCAGAUGAUUAGAUUGAACCACUAGACUUUAGGCACAAAUGUUGCUCGAGAUCUCAUUGAGAGUGAGAAAGAAGCUACAAGUUUUAUUCUCGUCAUUGCAUCCCCUGUUCCCAUGAUUUAUGUAACCAUGGAUACAAUAACAAGAAAAUGGAACACUAUUGGAGGGAAAAAUCCUGGUCUUCUGGCUCCCUCCCUCUCAACAUAUAUCAGCAGUUAUUUGUAAUCCAUCUACUGUAAUUGAAUCAGAUAGCAAAGCAAGCAGCAAGAUUUUACUAAUAACAUAAUAUUCAGUAUAUUUAAUGUAUCAUUUGUCUUUAUGAUGUCAUCAACCACAUUUGAGGAGAGAGAAAAAUGUACAUUUGCCAAUAGUUAUAUUUGCAUGUAGCUAGCGCUACUGUUACCGUUGACGACUACUUAUAACUAAAUCAUGUCCAUAAUUACAUUUAUCAUUCAAAUUACAAUUUGUUUUUAUCGUUAUUAGGAUACAUUUGUCUAUUUUUGUAUGUAUUGUGGAAAGUAUGUAUGAUUUCUGUAGCUGUGCCUCAGGGUGUAUUUUUUUAUAAUCAGUUGUCAAUAAACAAAAACAUUAGACACUGUCAGUUUAAAUGUAGCUUAAAUUGCUUUAUAUAACACAUUCAUAAAUGUCUGCAAAUCAUUCCAUGCAUUUUCAAACUAGUUUAGAGAGAUUAUUAAUGAAAAAAAAAGGAUUUUUAUCCAGAAAUGUUAGGCAUGGUUACUUUGCUGAUGUCACACAUAGGUAACCUAGGAAACCAAAUCCAAUUCAGCACUUAUAUUUUAUAUUAUAGUAUUAAAAUUAUUUUACCUCAGAUAAUUGUUUGAGGGCGCUGCACUACCAAACUUAAUCAAUUAUUUACUGUUGCUAUAGUGACAAUUAAAUAUCAAAGAGAAGGAAAAAAACUUGCCUGUACAUAGUACUAUUUGAAAAAGUACGUCUUAUAAGGGUUUUUUUUUCCAAAAACAAACUUUCAUAGUUAAGUUACCUUGUCAUGUAUAAUACCCUGUCGUAGAGUAAACGUUGAGGAAUGUUAUCAGUUAGUAUUAUUGUGAUUGCCAUGGUGAUGGCUGCUAUUUGAUGAGUAAUAUCGCUGUCUGCUUUUCUCUGUAUGGUUCAAUGUCAAGUUGUACAACAGAUUGAACUGAUGAAAUGACUACGUGUAUAUAUCAAGCAGUCUCUGUGAUGUUUUUUUUUUAUUGAAAUGCCUUUUUACGUAUACUGCACCACAAGAAAGACUCUCGUAACUGUGUUAUUGCAACACACUGCCUUCUCAAGACAUGCAGAAUUUCUCGGCAGUGACCAUUUCCAUUUCAGAAUAGUUAGAUAUAAAGUCUUCAACCUGCUUUUCCUGAAAUAAAAAUGUACUUGAUUUUUUUUUCGAAAGUCACAGAAUUAAAAAUAUACAUGUUUAUACGGGAGUAAUUUGUCAAUCAGAUAUUGACGUCUGGUGCAUUGCUUUUGUUACCAUUUGCAAAUUAUUAUUUUCUCUGAAACCAUAUGUGUGAUCGUUUUGUUUUUAUUGUAUUAUUAUAUUUUACGUAUGUAUAUAUCCCUAGAUUCAAUUUUUUUUUAAAUGAGUAUAGAAUUUAAAAACAAUCUUCCCAUUUGUACCAGACCAAUCAUGUUAGUUCAACUGCCAGUAUUGAUAACAUAAUUACAAAAGAAUCUGUAUUCUUUUUUGAACAGGGUUUUUCUUUUUUUUAAAAAAGAAAGAAAAGUUUGUACCUGUUGGGUGUGUCGUAUGCUGUUCUCAAUGACUGCAAUUUGAUUUAUGGGAUACAUGGUGGCGUCAUUCAUGCUAAAUGUGUCAGCUUAUUUAUAUUUUAUCACAAACUAUGUUUGCUUUCUGAAAGCCGAAAGCUUUAUUUACUCAUCUGAAGUUAGGAAAAUAAAUAAUUUUUAUUGAAAACUUUUUUUCUUCAUUUUCAAAAUCCUUUUUUCUAGGAGUACUUAACUGCUUACCAUUGGGGGGGGGGGGGGGGGUUACCAUCGGUCCUUUUUGCUCAGUACAAGGCAUCUUAAGAUGUCAUCAAUGUUUGUGUAUUAUGUCAUAACUUUUGGUUUACAUUUCUUGUGACCUACAUGUUCAAUUGGUGUGAUGUCAUCACUUUUUGUGGUGGUUCAUUCAACAAGGGUAUGGUUGUGGAAAUUUAGAGAAAAAAAACGAACAUCAAAGGUCUCAACAGAGAAUGUCUGCCCACCAUAUUUUUCUCACUUCACAAUGACUUAUUUGUGAAUUAGCAAAAAACUGUGAUGUAAAGAAAAACUGCAUGUGUGCAUAGCUAGGAAGCAGUAGUUUAAAGCAAGGGGUGAAUAUGGCACCUUUUUUCGACAAAUAUUUUAUUGUCUGUAUAACCGUCUACUAUUGUAACACGAGUUUCUCCGUAUGAAGCAUUUACUUUUUAGAAAAUAUUUGAAAAAAAGUUGGACCGGCAGUACAGUCUAGUGAGGACAGUGUUCUAAUUGACUUGUUUUAUUAAUAAAACAACACUUUAUAUCA